CGAGAGAUCGAGAACGUUCCGGAGCUCCCGCUCGUUGUUUCUGACUCGAUCGAGUCGAUCGAGAAGACUUCGGCGGCGAUCAAGGCUCUGAAGCAGAUCGGGGCUUUUGACGACGCCGAGAAGGCGAAGGAUAGCACCGGUAUCAGGCCCGGGAAGGGGAAGAUGAGGAAUAGAAGGUACAUUUCUCGAAAAGGCCCGCUGAUUGUUUACGGAACCGAGGGCUCGAAGAUCGUGAAAGCGUUCCGGAACAUUCCGGGUGUUGACGUGGCCAAUGUUGAGCGCCUCAACCUUCUCAAGCUUGCCCCUGGUGGUCACCUUGGCCGGUUCAUAAUCUGGACCAAGUCCGCAUUUGAGAAGCUUGAUUCGGUGUUUGGGACAUUUGAGAAGUCAUCCGAGAAGAAGAAUGGGUAUGUUUUGCCGAGGGCGAAGAUGACGAAUGCGGAUCUGGGAAGGAUUAUCAACUCUGAUGAGGUGCAGUCUGUGGUGAGGCCGAUCACGAAGGAGGUGAAGAGGAGGACUUUGAAGAAGAAUCCACUCAAGAAUCUGAAUGCCAUGCUGAGGUUGAACCCGUAUGCUAAGACUGCAAGGAGAAUGUCGUUGCUUGCUGAGGAGCAGAGGGUUAAGGCGAAGGAGGAGAAGCUGGAUAGAAAGAGGAGCAAGCUGCCCAAGGAGGAAGCUGCUAAGAUCAAGGCUGCAGGCAAAGCAUGGUACAAGACAAUGAUCACCGACAGUGACUAUGCUGAAUUUGAGAACUUCUCUAAGUGGCUCGGAGUUUCUCAGUAGGCACUAUGGUCUUCAUCAAUCUCGCUAUCGUUUUGGUCUAUUUCUUUAAAAUCUUCUUUUGUUGCUUUAAGAAUUUUGUCAGUAUUAUCUUAAUGCGUACUGAGAGAGACUUUUCGUCUGAAUUUUAUGUCUUAGGGUUGCUAAAACAUUUAGAUUUUGUAGUUGUUGCUUGUGUUGCUUCUUUGGAUAUUCAUAGUUAUUCUAUGACAACUUCGCUUAUAUAUUACAGUAGUGGUUAUGUGGUA